UGGAUGCGAUAUGAUCGCAUGCCAUCAUCAUCCCUCCUCCUGCCGUUCUCUUGCGUCUCUUCUACCUGUGCGUUCAUCUCAUCUCUCUCGCGUGUGAGAAUCUAAUGAAUUCCCAUCGCCCGCCGUCAGCAUGUCUUCGCGGAAGAUUUCAUCGGAAUCGUUCAGUUCCCUGGGCUCAGACUACCUCGAGAGCCCCGACGAUGGCGAGUGUCCCUUCUCGCGGGUGUUCUGGAACGGAAAGAGCCCGGUGGAGACGCUGUCCUGCCCGUUCGAGGACGCGGGUAUAAAGCGGACUACAAGGCGAAAGCGCGUCAACCUGGAUUCGCUGGGCGAGAGUUUACGGCGGCUCACAUCACCAACGACUCAAACAAUUCAACUGGCCCUGCAGAGAACAGUGGAGCACUACAGACAGACUGAAAGCAGGCGUAAAGAGGAUGGAGGGUUAGAGGAGAGGCGGGCGUUUGAGAAGUGCCCCUACGCUACGGAUAACGCUGGCUCCGGAGGGGAGCCAGACAUCUCAGGAAUCCUGCAGUACAUGGCACCGAUGCUGGGUGUGAGUUUCCCGGCCAUGCGCGAGCGCUUCGGCGAGGAGUUCUUCGGCCUGUGCUUCGAGGAGAACGAGCGCGUGCUGCGGGCGGUGGGCUUCACGCUGCAGGACUUCUUCAACGGCUUCGACGCGCUGCUGGAGCACAUCCGCACCUCCUGCGGCCAGCGGCCCUCGGCCGAGGCCCCCUCAUUCCUAUGCAAAGAGGCCCCCGAGGGCCCCCCGGGAGGAGAGGCAGCAGCGGCAAACAGUGAAGAGACUGGAGGUGGUGGUGGUGGUGAUGGUGGAGGGACCCUGCUGUUGCACUGUUUUAACCCGGCGCCCACUAUGGGGCUGGUUAUGCCGGGGCUUAUCCGCGCCGCCGCACGCCGUAUUUACCACACGGAGGUGACGGUGGAGGAGGCGCCGCCUGCCCGGAUGGUGGACACAGAGGAGGUCGUCGAGGACUGUGGGGAGUGCGAUCACGGCAGCCAUCUUGGUGAGGGCGGUGUUAGUAGUAGCAGUGGUGCAGAUGGUGCAAGUGGCAAUGGACACAACAGCUGUAGUGGUGGUGGUGUUGAUGGUGGUGUGAAGGACGACGACUGCUGUUCUCCUGCCCCGUCGCCCUCCCCCUCUCCCUCCCCCUCACCGCCCUCCUCCUCCAACUCGCCCAACCCCGCCUGCCUCUCCUUCCUGAUUCGCCAGCACCGCCGGCAUCACGAACAGCAACUCGCCAUCCCCUCGCCCCUGGCCUCCUCCCCCACCUCCACCUCCCCCGACUCCGCCGCCUCGGCCUCUGCCUCGGCCGCGGUGGCGCCCCCCAGGCCGCUGCCGCUCAAGCUGUCCUGCUCCCCGCCGGACCUGCGCAUCAGCCUCAGCACCUUCUGCCGGGCCUUCCCCUUCCACCUGGUGCUCGGGCCCCGCAUGGAGGUGCUGCAGCUGGGCGAGGGCCUCCGCAAGCAGGCCAAGUGCGAGCCCCACCGGACCUCCAACUUCCGCGAGCACUUUGAGAUUGUCUCGCCGCGCAUCCCCUGCACCUUCCAGGCCAUCCUGCUGCGGCUGGCCACGCCCUUCACCAUCCGCACGCGGCCCGAGGGCGGCGGAGGACUGGACGGCAGCCGGGAGAAGGUGAUGGAGAUCAAGGGCCAGAUGAUCCACGUGCCCGAGUCGCGCUCGCUCAUGUUCCUCGGCUCGCCGCGCGUGGACAAGCUGGAGGAGCUGAUGGGGCGGGGCCUCCAUCUCUCGGACAUCCCCAUCCACGACGCCACGCGUGACGUCAUCCUGGUGGGGGAGCAGGCCAAAGCCCAGGACGGACUCAAGAAGCGCAUGGACAAGCUCAAGGCAACGCUCGAGCGCACUCACCAGGCCCUGGAGGAGGAGAAGCGCCGCACGGUGGACCUGCUGUACUCCAUCUUCCCGGGCGACGUGGCCCAGCGGCUGUGGCAGGAGCUGCCCGUGCAGGCCAAGAAGUUUGACGACGUCACAAUGCUCUUCUCCGACAUCGUGGGCUUCACGGCCGUCUGCGCCCAGUGCACGCCCAUGCAGGUCAUCAGCAUGCUCAACGAGCUCUACACGCGCUUCGACUACCAGUGCGGCAUCCUGGACGUCUAUAAGAUUGAGACCAUAGGUGAUGCCUACUGCGUGGCGGGCGGGCUCCACCGCAAGAGUGACAGUCACGCUCGGCCAAUCGCGUUCAUGGCCCUGAAGAUGAUGGAGCUGUCGGAGGAGGUGCUGACCCCAGACGGGAACCCCAUCAAGCUCCGGAUAGGGAUCCACACGGGCUCGGUGCUGGCGGGGGUGGUGGGCGUGAAGAUGCCGCGCUACUGCCUGUUUGGGAACAACGUCACCUUGGCCAGCAAGUUCGAGUCGGGCAGCCACCCGCGCUGCAUCAACGUCAGCCCCACCACAUACCAGCUACUGCGAGACGACCGCUCGUUCACCUUCGUCCCCCGCUCGCGGCAGGAGCUUCCCGACAACUUCCCCAAAGACAUCCCGGGCAUCUGCUACUUCCUGGAGGUGGGCAAGUCCCAGAGCCACUCCUCCCUGGUCAGCUCCCGCUCCGCCCCGCCCGCGCCCAUCCGCCGAGUCUCCUACAACAUCGGCACCAUGUUCCUCCGCGAGACUAGCCUAUGAAGGACGGCGGGCAAUAGUAGGGACACACACAGAUGGCCCCAAAGAGGAAAUGGCUUUAGACGACACUGUUACUCGGCGCGACUAGCCUAUGAAGACAUCGGACAUUCAACACAGAGGGGGCGGAGAGAGCGUUAAACGACACUGUGUUCCUCAGAUUGACUAGCCUAUGAGGAGACAGCGUUAGACAACAUGUGGUCUUGUGAGGCGAUGCCAUUGGACGCAGAUGGCUCAGUCAGGACACAGCUUUAAAGAUGUGGCUGUUCCGCCUUCGACCUCCCCUUCUCUCUCUCUCUCUCUCUCUCUCUCUCUCUCUCUCUCUCUCUCUCUCUCUCUCUCUCUCUCUCUCUCUCUCUCCCUUCUCCUUCACCUCCCCUCACUCUCCCACUUGCACAGACUGGUGUCGCAGGUGGGAACUUCCUGCUUCCUGCACAAGGGUCAUGGCUUACGGCAGCCCGGAGAGUUCAAAAAGGAGAAUGACUGUCAAAAAGGAGCAGAGAAAGUGAAGUUCAUUCAGUAGAGUACAGUAGAGACUAUACAGUAGAGACUAUAAAAAUAAAACAAAGUUAAGAAAAAAAUAUAUAAACACAAAAAUGAAAGCCUUUGUACUAACAGGACACAGCCAAUGGCAUCCGCACACACAUGCUUUUGCACAGGCAAACAGAAACGCACACAUACAGUAAUGACAGAACUGACAAACUGUUAGGCAUGAACACAAACACACACACACACACACAC